AAGAUUGUAAACAUUUCUUUUGGUACAGGAAGAGGAUGAAUGGAAGGAAUUUGAGCAAAAAGAAGAGAUUGACUACAGUGGACUUAGAGUUCAGUCCAUGCAAAUAAGUGAGAAAGAAGAUGAUGAAGGUGAAAAGAGAGAAGAACCAGGUGACAACUGGGAGGAGUCUGGCAGUGGUGUGGAAAGAGCAUCUGGUCCAUGGAACAAGACAGCUCCUGUGCAAGCACCUGUUGCUGAAACUAUUGUUACAGAACCACCUGAACCAGUGCAGUCCAGUGGUGUAUACCGACCGCCUGGUGCUAGGGAGACCAGGACACGGAGAGCACCACAAGGGCCACCAGAGAUCUACAGUGAUACACAGUUUCCAUCGCUGCAAUCCACUGCCAAGCAUCUAGAUAGCCGAAAGGAUAAAGAAAUGGAGAAGAGCUUUGAAGUAGUAAAACACAAAAAUAGAGGUAGGGAUGAGGUCUCAAAAAACCAGGCACUUAAACUUCAGCUAGACAACCAAUAUGCUGUGCUUGGGGAUCAGUAGAGCUGCAUACACGUUACAAUUAAGGAAUGCUUUUUUGGUAACCCUCCUACUAAGGUAACUAAACUACAGCUAACGACUAUGAUGAACAUGCCAUCUUAUUUCUGCUGGAUCUGCUGCGGCAAGUGCAGACUACUUUGACAUAAGUGAUUGCUCUCGCACUAUGGAAGCAUAAUGUGUUACACCGUUCUCCAUUGGAUUUGGGGGAAAUUGAUGUAAAUGGUUGAACAAGAUUCAUCAGUGUUCUUUAAUACUCUGAAAAAGUAUCUACAGUCAGUGGUCAUUUCAAAAUCUUUUUAUGUUCAGAUACUGAGCCUUCGUAAGGGUUGACUACCUCAGACUUGCUGCACUCAUUGUGGACACCAUGUGGAUCACAACUUCUGGAAAAGAAGGUUACAACUGUUUUAGUGGCCAUCUGAAACUUGAAACCAGCUUCUCUUCUGGGUUCCUGUCAGAAAUCCUGCAGAAGUCAGCCAUUUGGUUCUGAUUUGCUAUAAAUAACAAAGAUUUAAGUGACCUUAAUGAGAAAUCUGUCUGGUGUCCCAUCCUGAGGAAUCCGUUCAUGUGUAGCCAUAGCCUACUAGAGACUUUCUGGAGCAUACCACUUUCAAAAAUUAACAAAGUAUAGUACAGAGCUGUAGUUUGUUUACCUUUUUAGAUAGAGCUGUACUGAGAUAACUGCAAAACAAAACUCAUUCCAAUACGAAAUUGGAGGGUGUGUGGGGUGGGAGAUUGAUAGGGCUGUUUGCAUUAGCCAUUUUCACAGUUGUGUUUAAGUGUUUUCUUUGUUCUUCAAAAAAAUGCCUUCCCUGUUUCUGGUAUAGAAUUGCAGUACACGCGAGUAAAAAUGUGAAGUGUGUUAAUAGUGAUAAGUUUAUUUUGGUUUUCAUAAUUGGGUCACUUCUCUUUUUCUGAGGGACUGGGACUGCAGUAGGAUUUAAUUUGGCACACAGCAGAAGCCCGUACUCACACUGUAGUUUUCAGAAUGUAGUUUUAAAAAAAAUACAUGCAGUAAUAAUAUUAACCUCAAGAUGAGUUUUUCUGUUGUGGCAAAAGUAACAGCUGUUUCCAACCAAUCCUGUCUUGUAUGGGUAAAUUGAUAUGUCUCCGAGGGAAGGAUAACCUCAAACCUGGUGAGAUUUAAUUUUAUGGCUGCUUCUGGUCACCUUGUGAGCUUGCAAACUUUUACAUGCAAAAAUCCUCAUUUUAAAUGGCAUUUUUUUCAACUGGAGGAAACCUAGUGACAUUGGAAGGAGUUGAGAGCUUUGUUCAGUUUCUGGUCACUUCUGGCUUAAUUUAGUGGAGAUAAAUAAAAUGGUAUUUGUAUGCUAAAGCUAUUAGAUACGUAAUACCCACUAGUUUCCAUACGGUGAAAAAGAAUGACAACCACCCAAAUUCUCCACACCAUUUGUCUUUCCCCUUGCUUCAUUCAGUAUGUUUUUAGUAUGCUAGUUAAGAGAGUAAGCACCUCUUUCCAAAUCUAGGUUUCUCCCUGUAAAUGUGAAUGCCAAAAGGAGGAGCUGCAGACUUAAUUCCCUUGUCUACUUCAUAUUUUCCAAUGGCAAAGCAAUCUUAGUGAUGUGGCAGUACUUCACCUAUAGACGAUGAGGCUUGGUGGCUCAUGCAGAAAUUAUGUGGCUAGUUUCCUUUGAUUUAAUUGCUGAUGGUAUAAAGUCUAUUUCCUUUGAGGUCAGUAAGACUCUUGCUGUUGACUUCAGUGGGGUCAGGGCUUUCUCUUUGUUCUCAUAAUAUGCUUGGAAUAGAACUGGCCUUAAAGUCCUUCCAGAGUGAACUUUUUCAGUAAAUGUCCAAACUAGCAGCUGUGAUUAGGUACACCGCUCAAGACAAGUUUAAAACCUGAAGAUUUAAUUUUGAGAAUCAAAACCACUUAAAGUAGACUGACUUUGAUACCGUUGGACUCUGAGCCAUGUAUCUUCCCUGAAAGAACUCUGCCAACAAAACAUGUUUUUUUGUCACUAAAAAGUUUAAGAUUGUUCUUUGCUGUAAAUGGAAGUGUCACUUGAUGACAUGGUAGAUAUCCGAUAUACUAAAUUCCCAACUUUGUUCUGGCAUUUUAAUGGAUCGUUAAUGCACAUGAAUCAAGUUUUUAAUACACUGUAUGAUGGGUAGAUGAGGCUGUCCAUUGUACCUUUAUUUGAAUUCUCAGGCAUGGUUCUGGCAGUGCAAGAAAACCUGUAACAUUAAUAAAUCUAAUAAAGUGGAAAUAUACAUGGA